AUGUAUUCCGUUUGUGAACCUGUAUCAGAAGAUGGUUAUCCAUAUGUACGCUGGAUACAUUUUAUAUUCGGUACUUGUAUAUAUGGCAACCAAGAAGCAAUCAGCUUUAUAUUUGGACUUAGUUUAUACUUUCUACUGAAUUGGUUAUUGGGUGACUUGGCUAAUUUUGCUGGCUGCAUACUGACAAACCAAUUGCCAUUCCAGAUGUAUCUUGCAGGUCCACUUGAUGAAGAAGUACCAUUAGAACCAGAUGAUGAUCCAAGGUCGUCAAAAUUUUCUAUGACUUCACUGAGAGACUCGAUAUUAGAAGGUGCAAAAAAAAGUUACACGUUUCCAGAAUUAAAGAAAGGAUCGCAUAAACGAAUUUCUUCGAUGGUUUUCGUCGUCCUCCUCCUCACUUUUCAUUCCACUUCUAUUACAAAGCCUUCCCUCUCAUCCCUUCCAAUUAAUCACGUUAAAUCUCUCGAUUCUAACUAUCUUACUCUUAAUGAUCCAAUAAACACUCAAAUCUUUAUAGGACGGAUAAUGGCCUGGUCAUGUACAGUGUUGUAUCUAACAAGCAGAAUGCCACAAAUAUGGAAAAAUUAUACCAGAAGAUCUGUUGAAGGUCUUUCUAUAUUUAUGUUCAUAUUUGCUGCACUUGGCAACCUCACCUACACUUUGUGCAUAUUCACGAACCCGUUGGUUUCAAAAAAUUCCGCUUUCCUUCAUGAAGUUGUUCCUUACAUAUUGGGUUCUGUUGGUACCUUAUCAUUUGAUACUGUUGUGUUUAUUCAAUGGUUAGCUUGGCGUGAUCCUGAACGUCGAAAGUUUCGUCGUCGAAGUCAAAAUUAUUCCGAUUGUGAAAUUGAAUAUCAACAAGUGCCAAGUAUUAGGAGUAAUCAGUAA